UAUUACAAACUUUACCGUAAGUUCAAGUGUAAACCAGCAAAUUUAGUCUUCAUCCCCCUAAACCCCAUCUAUACUCUCAUUAUUUCAUGGAUAAUCAAAUGAUGUUCUUCCCAUUCGCAUCACCAACUCUAGGUGCUUUUCCUCACCAUCACCACCACCAACAACAACCACAAUCAAACGACAUGGUUGAUUUCGAUUUCAGCAGUGUUUUGCUUCAUCCUAAUAACAUUUCAUCGAGUAGUACAAGUUCUGGGUUGUUAUCAGAUUUGUCAUUAGGGAAUAAAAACAGUUAUUCAAAUGAACAUCAGAUUGUAGAUGGUCAGAUGAUUGAUAACAGCGUUGUUGGUGUUCCUAUUCAGUCUACGACUACAACCAGUAGUAUUCGCGAGAAUUCACAGGAGAAUUUUGAUAAUACAGUUAGUAGUAAUAAUAACAAUCAGGGAAAUGAUCAGAAGAAGAAGGCGAAGAAGCAUAGAUUUGCAUUUCAAACGAGGAGUCAGGUUGACAUAUUAGAUGACGGAUAUCGCUGGAGAAAGUACGGGCAAAAGGCAGUCAAAAACAACCAAAACCCAAGGAGCUACUACAGAUGCACACAUCAAGGAUGCAACGUGAAGAAGCAAGUGCAGAGAUUAUCCAAGGAUGACAGCAUUGUGGUUACAACUUAUGAAGGGAUGCAUACACAUCAAAUCAGUAAAUCUACGGAUAACUUUGAGCAAAUUCUGAUGAGUCAAAUGCAAAUGUACAACGGUUUUAACUAAGCGUUAAAAUCUUUUAAAACUGCUAGCUAGUGUAGAAUUUUUCAUUGUUUUGGUUAAUAAGAGAUGCAUUAAGCACAUCUGUUCUUGCUUGCAUAUGCGAAUUGCAGUACCAUAAUUUAGUCAAAAUAUAUCAUUACAAACACAUAUACGUAUGUAAAAUCACCCCAAAUAUCUACAAUAAUAUUUGAUCUUUACUUUUCA